AUAAAAAGGGCACGGUGGCACGGGCUGUCAUUUCCAACGCAAGCUGCAAGACUUUGCCACCAGAAACAAAACUGUCGCGGUCCUUUCAAUAUGGAAACCAACUGCAGAAAGAUCUCGGAACUGAACCAGAACUGGUGGGGAAAGGUGAUCGGCAGAAUCCGAACCCCUGAGCUACCCAGCAUGCUACAUGACGAGUUUAGUGUCGUCGCGGGGGGUAUCGCCCUCAUCCUAUUGGCCAGGUUCCUCCUCAUCGUGGGACCAAUGGGGACGCUUCUUCUGACCACGGUUCAUCUCCUGUCCGUCCAAUGGCUGCUCCGCCCGAGGAACUUCCCUCCGGGACCCAGGGGGUUACCGAUCCUCGGGAACAUGCACCAGGUCGCUCUGGACCCCCUCAAGACCCUCACAGGAUAUGGCAAGAAGUAUGGAGACGUGUACUCUGUCAGGAUUGGGAUGGACAAUUUGGUGAUACUGUGUGGCUGGGACGCCAUUAAGGAGGCCGUUGUGAACAAGGCUGACGAGUUCCGCAUGCGUCCCUCACAUCUCUACAUCUAUAAAGAAUACGCAGACUCCAAGGGGAUUGGAUUCGUCAACGACGCCACAACUCACAAGCUGAACCGAAAGUUCGUUCUCAAGACCCUGAAAGAAUUCGGUCUCGGCAAACAAACCCUGGAGGAGGACAUCGCCCAGGAGGCCCGCCAUCUUUGCCACCAGAUCGCCAGGCACGACGGGAAACCGAUUGGCACCAUGGGAAGCAUGCUGACCAAGUCGUCCGCCGGCAUCAUCCUUCGACUUGUGUUCGGGAAGCACUACGGGUGGGAGGAUCCGGAGUUCAAGGCUUUUGUCGGGAACAUCACCCGGGGGUUCGACCUGAUGACCAUGUACGGCGCCAUCUUUAACGUCUACCCCUGGCUGAGGUAUAUUCCCUUCGUGAAGAGCUUGGGGCAGGCGGUCAUGGACAACAUGUCGGACUUUAAGAAACUGAUUCGUGAGAAGAUUGAGCAACACCAGGGCAGCCGAGUUCCCGGGAAACCGAGGGACCUUGUGGACGCCUACUUCGACGCGUUACAAGAGAAAGAUGUGGCCGACUCGUCCCAUCUACUCCCGAUGGUGGCCGAUCUGCUGACUGCAGGGAUGGAGACCACCGCCACCACGCUCCACUGGGCCGCUCUCUACAUGUCCCUGAACCCGGAAAUCCAGCGGAAGGUGCAGGACGAACUGGAGGCGGCUGUCGGGAAAGGCAAGGCUCCCACCCUAGCCGACGUCUCGAAACUUCCCUUCACGGAAGCAACGAUCAAGGAGAUUCAGCGGAUCUGUAACGUGGCGCCCCUAGCGGUUCCAAGGAUGACUACAGUCGACGUCGAGCUGAGAGGCUACAGCAUCCCCAAAGGCACCCAGGUCUGUAUGAACAUCUAUUCCGCACACAUGGACCCCAAGUACUUUCCGGAACCGGAAGUCUUCAAUCCCAACAGGUUCCUGGGGGAUGAUGGGAAGGUCCAGAAGAUGGAUGCAUUUAACCCCUUUCUGCAGGUAUGGCGCCGGAUUUGUAUCGGAGAGCAGAUGGCCAGGAACGAGUUGCUGAUCUUCUUCACCACCAUGAUGACGCACUUCAGCUUCCAGCUGCCAGAGGGCGCCCCUGCACCGGACACAAGCAAGGGGAAGCUCGGCAUCACCCUGAGCCCGCCGGCCUUCGAGGUCCUCGCUAUCAGGAGGACGACUGGAGACAUUCUUGAAGAAAGCAUCUAAAAUAUGCCUUCAGAAUUCCCGACAGGAUCUAUGUCAGUAUUAGCUGUGACAUACCUCGUUUUUUUUA